AUGUCUGCUGUAGCUAAAUCCACCGCCACCAAGUUGGACUGGGCCAAGGUCAUCUCCACCCUCGGUUUGACCGGUGCCACCGCCUCUUCCUUGACCUCUUUCAAGAAGAGAAACGAUGAAGCCAAGAAGGAGUACAUCUCCCUUUCUGAACAAAGCACCACCGUUGACUUUGCUCACUACAGAUCCGUCUUGAAGAACACCAAGGUCAUUGACGAAGUCGAAAAGGCCGUUGCCGCCUUCAAGCCAACCACAUACGACGUCUCCAAGACCAUCAAGACCAUUGACUUGUUUGAACAAAAGGCCUUGGAAAACGCCAAGUUGACCGAAAAGUCCGUUGUUGAAGAAAUCAAGCAAUUGCAAGAUACCUUGAAGGACAUUGAAUCUGCUAGACCAUUCGACCAAUUGACCGUAGACGACGUGUCGGCCGCUAGACCAGACUUGAACGAAAAGGUCACUUACAUGGUUAAGAACGGUAAGUGGAACGUUCCAGGCUACAAGGAAAAGUUUGGUGACUUGACUGUUAUGUAG